ACAGUCCGUCCUGGAGCAACUUGGCAAUGAGAGAUUCACCGAAAAGGGCACUUUGAGAUAUGAUGAGGUUUAUUUCUGGUCGGCAAUAGUACUAUGAUUUGGUAUGUGGCCACUUUGAUAGCAAGUGUAUUCAGCAGCACCCGAGGAACGGCCGCUCAAGGUGCCCACGGAGUGCGAGAGGAGCCCCAGUUUGUGACGGCGCGUGCCGGAGAGAGCGUCAUCCUGGGAUGCGACGUUCCCCACCCCCUCAACGGCCAGCCCUACGUGGUGGAGUGGUUCAAGUAUGGGAUGCCCAUCCCCUUCUUCAUCAACUUCCGCUUCUACCCUCCUCACGUGGACCCGGAGUAUGCAGGAAGGGCCAGUCUGCACGGGAAGUCCUCCCUGCGGAUAGAGAGUGUGCGUUCAGACGACCAGGGCUGGUACGAGUGUAAGGUGCUCAUGUUGGAACAGCAGUACGACACCUUCCACAACGGCAGCUGGGUGCAUCUCACUGUCAACGCUCCCCCCACGUUCACCGAGACCCCUCCUCAAUACGUCGAAGCCAAGGAAGCGGGCAGCAUCACACUGACCUGCACAGCCUUCGGGAACCCCAAACCCUCUGUGAGCUGGCUGCGUGAGGGCACACUCAUGGUCACCAGUGCCAAGUACAAGGUGUCUGAUGGGAGUUUGACGGUGCUAUCCAUCACACGGGACGAUCGUGGAGCCUACACGUGCCGAGCCUUCAGCCCACAGGGAGAGGUCAUCCACACCACACGGCUGCUAGUACAAGGUCCUCCAUUUAUCGUCUCUCCUCCGGAGAACAUCACCGUGAACAUCUCGCAGGAUGCCUUCUUCACCUGCCAGGCAGAGGCCUACCCCCGAAACCUGACCUACACCUGGUACUGGGAGGAGGACAACGUCUUCUUCAAGAAUGACCUGAAGCGCAGAGUCAGUAUUCUUAUUGACGGCUCUCUCAUCAUUGCCCAAGUGAAGCCGGAGGAUACUGGCAAAUACACCUGUGCACCUAGCAACAGCCUGGGCCGGCCACCAACUGCCUCUGCCUACCUAACAGUGCAAUAUCCUGCCCGAGUGGUGAACAUGCCAGCGGUCAUAUAUGUGGCCAUCGGUCUGCCCGGCUUUAUCCGCUGCCCCGUUGAUGCCAACCCCCCUGUUACCACGGUGAAGUGGAAGAAAGAUGGGCUCCCUCUUAGGAUAGACAAGUACCCCGGCUGGAGCCAGAUGGAGGACGGGAGUAUCCGUGUGGCAGAGGUGACAGAGGACUCCCUGGGCACCUACACCUGUAUGCCUUACAACGCUCUGGGGACGAUGGGAUGGUCCCCUGCUGCUCCCCUGGUGCUAAAGGACCCUCCCAAAUUCUCGGUGGUUCCUGGAGGGGAGUACAGGCAGGAGGCUGGGAGAGAGCUGGUCAUCCCCUGUGAGGCUGAGGGAGACCCCUUUCCCAACAUCACAUGGAGGAAGGUAGGGAAGCCCAGUAAAAGCAAGCACAAUGUCCUGCCACGUGGCAGCUUACAGUUCAAGUCCCUGACGAAGGACGACCACGGAGAAUGGGAGUGUGUCGCCACCAACGUCGCCACAAGCAUCACUGCCAGCACGCACGUCCAAGUCAUAGGCACAAGCCCCCACGCUCCCUCCAAUGUCCGCGUGGUCGGGUCCUCCACCUGGGCCAAUGUGUCCUGGGAGGUGGGCUACGAUGGAGGCUACCAGCAGACAUUCUCAGUCUGGCUGAAGAGGGCUCACUUGGGUCCACACGACUGGCUGUCCGUGGCAGUCCCGGGGGGGCGUGACUGGAUGGUGGUACCAGGGCUGGAGCCAGAGACGACGUACCAGUUCAGUGUCUUGGCCCAAAACAAACUGGGCACGGGCCCCUUCAGCGAGGUUGUCACUGUGAACACACUAGUAUUUCCUAUAAGUACCCCUGAACCAUUGGUGCUGCUUACCCCACCACGGUGCCUCACAGCCAAUCGCACGCAGCAGGGAGUGCUGCUCUCCUGGAUGCCACCUGCCAAUCACACCGCACCUCUUCAGCAUUAUGUCAUGGAGUUUCGCCUGGGAGAGAAAUGGGAGGUUUUGGACGACAGCAUUCCUGCAGGGGAGACGGAGCUGCUCGCCCGCGACCUCAUUCAGGAGGCGUGGUAUGAGUUUCGUGUGAUGGCCGUCAUGGAUGAAACCAUCAGUGAGCCCAGUAACGUCGUGGGAGUGUCCAGCACAGACUUCUUCCCUCCUCCUGAGAUGGUGGAGGAGAGUGGACUGGCGCGCCCGGUGGUGGCUGGGAUUGUGGCCACCAUCUGCUUCCUGGCCGCGGCAGUUCUCUUCAGCACCAUGGCCGCCUGCUUCGUCAACAAGCAACGCCGGAGGAAACUCAAGAGGAAAAAAGAUCCCCCUCUUUCCAUCACCCACUGCAGAAAAAGCAUGGAAACUCCGUCAUCGUCAGAAAAAGUGAGCCCAGAGAGCAUUCGUUCCAAGGCAUCGUUUUCGGAAACAUCAGAAGACAGUCAUGACCAGCGUGGCAAAAAACCUCCUCCAAGCCCAGGGAGGAAAGAGGAACUGUCUUUGUACAAGAAGACCAAAAGAGCAAUAACAAGCAAAAAGUACAGCAUGAAGCAUGAAGCCGAGGCCACCACCCCCAUAGAACUCAUAAGUCGCGGUCCAGACGGUCGCUUUGUCAUCGAUCCCACCGAUAUGGAGAUGUCCAUCAAACCUCGCCGCAUCGAGGGUUUUCCUUUUGUGGAAGAAUCUGACUUAUAUCCUGAAUUCCGACAGUCCGAUGAAGAGAACGAUGACCCAAGGCCUUUGCCCCCUGCUAUGGCCACUCUACGGCCUCACCAGAUUUCCCCCAUCUCCAGUCAGGAGUCCUACCUGCAGCCCCCAGCCUACAGCCCCCGCUUCCACAGGCCCUUCGAAGGUAUGACCAUCAUGGAGAGCAGUCGUCUGCAGGCUACAGGCCAGAUCCGAGGUUCUCUGCACCACCACAGGGCUUUCUAUGGCUAUCUGGGCCCCACGGGGGACCACGAGCCCCCUCCUCCCUUUUAUAUGCCUGACACCAGCCCCCUCAGCUCGGUCAUGUCGUCCCCUCCAUACCUGGGUGAGGGGCCGUUUGGUCACCCUGUGAUUCCUGAAGAGAUGGGCGAGGGCGAGCUUCCUCAGUACACUAUCUCUGGUUUCCCCCUCCCUCUGACUUUGUCCUCUACGUCUCGCACACCUGAGAUUUGGCAGGGACUGGAUUUUACAUUUGCCAGUCUUGAGGGGCCACAAUUCAUCUUCCCCCCACAUCAUCCCUACCCUCCCCCUCCUCAUGUUCUUCCCCUUAGUGCUUUUCAACCCUCCACUCUCCCAAUGCCAACAUACCCUACUGUCCUGCCGCUGGAGGCCCCAAAGAGCCACCCAAGCAAAUCUCCAAGCAAGGCCAAGCCUCAUGGCUCCCCAGCCAAGCAUCUAGCUAUGCAAGAGGCACCUUUAGGGCAGCUAAGACACACUAGCCACGCAAUGGGCGUGCCGGGUUUGCCUUACGCCGAUCCAAUGGCCCACAUUGUCCCUAGCACUUUUAGUAGCCUGGACACGCGGUGGUUUGAUACUAGUCCUCGGUUCAGUCCCAGGCAGGCUCGUAGGAUGGAUCCUGGCUUACAUCAGGUUGUUCUUCAGCCUUCUCGACUUUCACCCCUCACCCAAAGCCCUCUUAGCUCACACCAAGGCUCCCCUGAGAUUGUAGUCCGUCCAAGACCACGCCCCAGCAUUGUGCAACCAUCUAUACCUCCGGAGAUGACUGAGAUUACCCUCCUCCCUCCUUCCACAGCCAGCUUCUCAAGAAGAUCUUCCCCCUCCUCUUCACCUGCCCUAGGCCAGGGUAGCAGGAGAGCCAGUCCCAGCUACCGCUCCCACCUGGCCUUUGCCACCUCUGCUGCCAGCUAUCCCCCCUCCCAGUCCCCGUCUCCUCCCCUGGAAAGCAGCAGCAUAUUUGGGCCGAUGCCGUCGCAGAGGAGGGCUGAAGAAGAGAUCCUUCCGUCCGAGACCUCUCCACCCCAGUUGUCCAGUUCAGGACUCCUCCCUCCAUCAUCGAGCGCCCUAUCCGGGUCUGAGAGGAUGGAUGCACUGAGAUACCAGCGAAUCAAAAAGGCCAAGAAGAUGACCAUGAACAACAAUAACUCCAAGAUGAGGAAGAAAGCAGGUGUGUCCACCUCUCAGACCCAUCAGGCCUACACCUCUCAGGUACUCCAGCCCGAAGAAGCUCUCUACCUCCGGAGGAAGAAGAAACGCCCGCUCCUGUAUGACCCGUACACGCGCUUCUCUGCUCUGCUGUACCGCCGGCCACAGCAGGAGGACCAGAAGGCUAUUCUGGCCUGCAUGGACCACAUCGACCCCGACCACGCCACUCUACUCUAA